UCUGUUAUCGAAGAUACAUUGUGCCCGUCAAACCAAGUGAGUGGUUGACAGAGAAUCCGGGAGAAUGCCCGGACGCGGACGUAGUCGAUCCACGUUUGCCCACAGGACUCAAGAAGGUAGUACAUCGCGUAGGAGCUUAUACCAUCGAGGGUGGCUAUGGCGAGAACUAGCAAUGACCAGUUACGAGAUUCAGAGGGUGGGCUGGCGGUGUUAAAGAAUGAUAGGAGUAAUCUUGCCAGAGAAAAUGCAAAAAGUGGCGUUGAGAUCCCGUGGAACAUCGCUGCAAUGAAGCCGAACACCAGGAGAACACGGUAGCCUAACGUUAAAGAUGGCCAGACGGUACCCAAUAUUUGGCAAAGCGAGGGUUUCAUUCUUCCUACUUUUCGGAAUCUCCUAGACAAUUCUAAAAGUGAUAGGGACCCCUGGAGAGAUGCUUCGGGCUUCGGGAGCAGGG